AUGGUCAAUCGGUGGAUCGAUGAAGAGGUUAGCGAUCCCGACUUGACCCUCCGUUUGGCUCAAUUCAAGUUUAAGUCAGAGCCUGGGUUGCAGAGUAGAAUUCGAGAAGAUAUGAUACGCACCAAUCUAAUCGAACCACCCCAGAGAAAAGCAAAGGGCAUUACCAUAAACGAAGGAGGAUCAAAUCCUCCGAAGAGGAGAGGGGAUGACCUCCAACCGAGAGUCAAAGGCAAGAGGAAAAAACAUAUAGCUAGAAAAGGAGCAGCUAUUGAACCAGAUUUCUCUGAACCAGAGGAUGAACAACCUCUGAUUAACCGAAGGGAAGCACUUUGGGCCAGAUCUCAGUCCAUCUCUACCAGAACUCUUGCAGCUGCCACUCCUCCGACAACAGACUCAGUGCUAGCUCAGGCACCACCUCUAGUAGCUCCUGCACUCCCUACAGUCCCUCCAUCGAGGCUGUUAAACAGAUUGAAAGGUGAUGGUUACAGACCAUCAUAG